AUGCGGACGAACAGCAUAUAUGCUGCGGUAGUCGCAGCGCUCUUCGCAGCGCUCUCAUCAGCAUCUUCAGCUGCGACUGAUGGCACCGAAGAAGAGUGUCAAAUUACCACGGAUCUAGUGUAUGACUGGGAUCACGUCUAUUUCGGUCAAGAAGCAGUACCGGGUCCAGAUAAUGGUAUCCCAUGGACGAUGCCCGCACCCCCUGGCAUCAACCCUAUGCCCGGUCAUGCUACCGAUGGCGGCGAUGAUAGCAAGCCGAAGACGCAAUCUGUAUCAGACGACGAAACUAUCACGCUGACCACAACUUGGACGGAGCCCUGCUCGACAGGAUUUACCACAAUGACGACGACCCUCACCACCACCCACUGUGGUUGCACCGAAACUCCUGUGCCCACCAUUUCCAUGAAGAUUGUCACUAUUACACCAUUACCUGGGUGGCCUUUUAGCGAGCUUGUUACCUGUACGAUCCCAGUACCUCCAACUACGUCCGCCUAUACAGGAACAUCUUCGUCUUCACGUCAUCCCUGGACCACUGGCACGCACUCUACUCCAUAUGGCAGCAGUUCCUCUUCAGUUGCUCCCCCUAGCAGCCACGGAUGGCCUAGUUCAUCAUCCAGCGGACACCCUGUCUCGACCUCAUCCGGAGCUACAACCUCGAGCAGCAGCUCCGUAGGGCCAAUAUCAGGCUCUACAAGCACAAGCACGACCCCCUCGAGCGCCAGCACGAUUACCUCUAUCCCAAGCUCACUUUCUUCAAGUACAAGCACAACCUCAACAAGUUACGCCCCUGAACCUACCGGCGUUCGCAAUGUAGCUUACUACGUGAACUGGGCGAUAUACGCGAGGAAUUUCACCGUGCAAGACUUGCAGACGCAGUUCUUGACCCACAUUCUCUACGCUUUCGCCAAAGUCGAUGCCGCUUCGGGGACUGUCCUCCUCAGCGACACAUGGGCAGAUACCGACAAGCCAUGGCCUGGCGAUGACACUACUGCCCCGGGCCCGAACCUCUUCGGCAACCUCAAGCAACUGUACCUGCGCAAAAAGCAAAAUCGUAACCUAAAGACAUUGCUUUCCAUCGGAGGCUGGUCGUUUUCUCCCAGUUUUGCCUCCGCAGCCAGCACCGAGCAGGGUCGGCAAAACUUUGCCAACAGUGCCGUGGCGCUGGUCCAGGACUUGGGCUUCGACGGCAUCGACAUUGACUGGGAGUAUCCGUCGGACGCCACGCAAGCGGCCAACUUCGUGUCUCUGCUCAAGACUCUCCGAGCGGCGCUCGACGCGUCGUCCACAAAGAACAACCAGACGCGAUUUUUGAUCUCGGUUGCCGUCUCCGCCGGUGCUGACAAGUACAACGUGCUCGACGUGCCCGGGAUGGACACGUCUCUCGACUUCUGGAAUCUGAUGGCCUACGACUUCAUCGUGUCCGACUACAAUGUCACCGCCUUCCAAGACAACCUGUACCCGUCGAUCGCACAUCCCCUUUCCACCCCGUUCAACGCCAACGACGCCGUCGACGCCUACCUCGACAAAGGCGUCGAUCGGUCCCGACUGGUUCUCGGAAUGCCGCUGUACGGUCGGUCGUUUCUCAACUCGACCGGUCCAGGGUCGCCGUGCCUCCCUGAUCCAAAUGGCUCCUGGGAACCCGGGGUGUGGGAUUACAAGGUUCUUCCCAAAGCUGGCGCAUCAGAGUUCUUCGAUCCCCGUGCCAUUGCCUCGUACAGCUUCGACAACGCCACGGGAAACUUCAUCACGUACGAUACCCUCGAGACCGUCAGGCUAUACAAGGCGGGAUACGUCCUGAACAAGGGUCUGGGAGGUGGUAUGUGGUGGGAAACCAGCGCCGACAGACCUAUCGGGCAGGGGUCUCUGAUCGAGACUUUUGCGCGUGAAUUUAUCCCGCUUGACGUCAUGCAAGUGGUCGAGAACGAGUUGUCAUAUCCUGAGAGUAAAUAUGCCAAUUUGAAGGCUGGAAUGGAGGAGUGA